UUACUUAGCCCAUGGUGUUAAAGUCAUUUUACACAGCUGUUCCACAACAUAGAUAACCUAAAACCGAUUAACAUAACGCAAAUAAAAACCAGCAUAGAUUGAAAUACUGAUGUUUCUUAAAAACUUUCUUUUAUUCAUUAUAAAAACUGAGUUUUCCUUUUCGGUGCAACUAUGACGACUAUAAAAGUGCACGGUGGUAUUGACAUUUUAAGGCUGCCAGUGAACGAAGAGGAACAUGUUUGCCCUCCAUGGCGUAUCAAGUAUACGCAAUCUCAUAUACUUCAUUCUAAGUGCUCCAAAAGUGAAAACGGUUGUGGUUCCGAAGAUGCAAGCACCUGCCAAUUUUGCAUGUAUAGUAACACAUUAGAAUUGCCACAUAUGCCAGAUAUGGUAUUUCCUAAUAAUGUGCUGUCUUUGGUACAUCAGGAUGGACCAUCACUGAAGUUCAAUGCUUUAGAUGCUCUGAAAUAUGUUUCCAAUGGCAAAAUUAAUGUGCAGCUUGCUUGUGCAGAAGCGUGGAAAGAAUCUAGAUCGGAAAGCAGCGAAUAUCUGGAAGAAAAAGUAAAGCCUUUUGAUUGGACAUUUACUACUGAUUAUACUGGUACAACGUGUGGCUUUGAAUUGGAAGAAACAAAUGAGAGAAUUGAUGUGGAUAAAUUAAGGCAGAGAGAUAAGAUUCUGUUUUAUCAUGAUUUAACACUGUUUGAAGACGAACUUCAUGACAAUGGUAUUGCAGUGAGUUCAGUGAAAAUUAGGGUUAUGCCCAGCAGUUUCUUUAUAUUAUUGCGAUAUUUUUUGAGAAUUGAUAAUGUGAUGCUAAGAAUAAAUGAUACUCGUGUUUAUCAUGAAUUUGGUAAAGAUCAUUUAUUACGUGAGUUUACAUCACGGGAAGCUAAAGUUCAAGACAUUAAAGUUCCACCACCACUCUUCCUAGAACCAAGUAAAAUAGCACCCCAUUUACCAUUAAUUACAAGUCAUUAUCACAAAUUGAUAAUACCUGAUAUAAAAAAAGAAGCCAAAUUGAAUGAAGAUACAACUGCGCAAAGUAAAAGUACGGCUGAAAAAACAAUAACGCAAUCCAAUGAACACACAGCAGACAGUUCUAUCACUUAAGGUUUGUGCCCAAAUUUCUGUGUUACGUAAAACGUUCUCUUGAUGAACAUAUGUAAUUAAAAAUUAGAAACGCAAAAGAAUUAUAUUACUUUUAUGUGAAAUCUAUUUAAAUAUCAAGAUUCUGUAAAUUUCAGUCUGAUUUCAGUCUUAUCAUGAUUGUCGUUUUAAUAUAACGUAAUUUCCUUAUUUGAUUUAUAAUAAAGAUUUUUAAAUAAAAAAUUGAAUUAACUUGUUCAA